AGUAAUUGAGCAUUUGGGCCCUUUGGGCUCUUGUAGGCUCAACAUGGCACAAAGGUCUGAGCUAAGGUUGCCGUUAAAAAAUCCAAUGCCGGUGCAUCCAUUGUUACGCACUAUCUAGAACACAGGAAACUCAGAAAACGACUCGAAAGAGCGGUACACAGAUAGCGAGCGGGUUCGCUCGAUCGAGGCAAUGCCGUGGCUGGUAGCAGUUAACUUCUCCUCAUUGUCAAUCCUUGCUUCUUUCAGAGAACUAAAGCCUAUAACAAAUGCUCAGUGUGUACCUUCAAGUUUGUGGUCUAAAAAAGCAUCAUUCAGAGUCAGCUCAUCUAUGUGCAUCAAGAAAUUUACUGCAGCAGACAGUCUGGAUGCUGGUUUUGUAGUUAAUGUACCAUCUAGUGAUGUAUUUGUUCAAUUUCUAUUUCAUUCUGAAGUAACUCAUUGUUCUCGAACGUUAACCGGAUACUGGAUUGGACCGGAUACUGAUGAUGGUUGGGGUUUUGUAGAAGCUUUUCUGGAUGAUAUAGUUUGAAAACAAAUUUCCUAUAAAUAUUCUUGGAGUGCAUAAUAGUUUUCCUCAACAACAUCAUGGUGAAAUCAUUUGAAUCUUUUCGUAUAGAGGGCUCAUAGUUUAAUGCAUGAGUUGAUUGCGUAGUUAUAUACAAAAAAAUCCGUCACUCGUUGGUGCUUUCAGAAAUCACUAUGGAGGAAUUAUACUCCGUC